GCGAGAGCCCGUGCUGUAGGCUCUAGGAGACCCCGGGUGUUUGUGUGUAUGUGUGUUGGUGACUGUGAGUACGGGGAAGCCGCGGCCGCCAUUUCAGGGAGCUUGCCGACGCUGUCGCAGGGUUGGACUCUGAGCUGCCGAAGCCGCCGUCCUGCUGGUCCGCGCGGGCGCCUCUAAUCCCAUUGUUUCUUUUAGAUUCGCUCAGGCCUAGCCGCCUUCGGAGCCCGAUUUUCGGGUGGGGCGGUUCCGCGGCCUCGGCCUAGGGGCUUAAGAGUAGCCAGAGCGGCAGCGGCGGCAGCGACAGCAGCAGACUUUUUCCCGAACCGACCACAGGCGUGCGAAAGCCCGAACAGGCGUUUAGAGAAAAUGGCAGACGAUAUUGAUAUUGAAGCAAUGCUUGAGGCUCCUUAUAAGAAGGAUGAGAACAAGUUGAGCAGUGCUAACGGCCAUGAAGAACGUAGCAAAAAGAGGAAAAAAAGCAAGAGCAGAAGUCGUAGUCAUGAACGCAAGAGAAGCAAAAGUAAGGAACGUAAGCGAAGUAGAGAUAGAGAAAGGAAAAAGAGCAAAAGCCGAGAAAGGAAGCGCAGUAGAAGCAAAGAAAGGAGACGAAGCCGCUCACGAAGUCGAGAUCGCAGAUUCCGAGGCCGCUACAGAAGUCCCUACUCCGGACCAAAAUUUAACAGUGCCAUCCGAGGAAAGAUUGGGUUGCCUCAUAGCAUCAAAUUAAGUAGACGACGUUCCCGAAGCAAAAGUCCAUUCAGGAAAGACAAGAGCCCUGUGAGGGAGCCUAUUGACAAUCUAACUCCUGAGGAAAGAGAUGCAAGGACAGUUUUCUGUAUGCAGCUGGCAGCAAGAAUUCGACCAAGGGAUUUAGAAGAAUUUUUCUCUACAGUAGGAAAGGUUCGUGAUGUAAGGAUGAUUUCUGAUAGAAACUCAAGACGUUCCAAAGGAAUUGCUUAUGUGGAAUUUGUGGAUGUUAGCUCAGUGCCUCUCGCAAUUGGAUUAACUGGCCAGCGAGUUUUAGGAGUGCCAAUUAUAGUACAGGCAUCACAGGCUGAGAAAAACAGAGCUGCAGCAAUGGCAAAUAAUUUACAAAAAGGCAGUGCUGGGCCUAUGAGGCUUUAUGUAGGCUCAUUACACUUUAACAUAACUGAGGAUAUGCUUCGUGGGAUCUUUGAGCCUUUUGGAAGGAUUGAAAGUAUCCAGCUCAUGAUGGAUAGUGAAACAGGUCGAUCUAAAGGAUAUGGUUUUAUUACCUUUUCAGACUCAGAGUGUGCCAAAAAGGCUUUGGAACAACUUAAUGGAUUUGAACUAGCAGGAAGGCCAAUGAAAGUUGGUCAUGUUACUGAACGAACUGAUGCUUCUAGUGCUAGUUCAUUUUUGGAUAGUGAUGAACUGGAAAGGACUGGAAUUGAUUUGGGAACAACUGGUCGUCUCCAAUUAAUGGCAAGACUUGCAGAGGGCACAGGUUUGCAGAUUCCACCAGCAGCACAGCAAGCUUUACAAAUGAGUGGCUCUUUGGCAUUUGGUGCUGUGGCAGAAUUCUCUUUUGUUAUAGAUUUGCAAACACGACUUUCACAACAGACUGAAGCUUCAGCUUUAGCUGCAGCCGCUUCUGUCCAACCACUUGCAACACAAUGUUUCCAGCUGUCUAACAUGUUUAAUCCUCAAACAGAAGAAGAAGUUGGAUGGGAUACAGAGAUCAAAGAUGAUGUGAUUGAAGAAUGUAAUAAACAUGGAGGUGUUAUUCAUAUUUAUGUCGACAAAAAUUCAGCUCAGGGCAACGUGUAUGUGAAGUGCCCAUCAAUUGCUGCAGCUAUUGCUGCUGUUAAUGCAUUGCAUGGCAGGUGGUUUGCUGGUAAAAUGAUAACAGCAGCAUAUGUACCUCUUCCAACUUACCACAACCUGUUCCCUGAUUCUAUGACAGCAACACAACUACUGGUUCCAAGUAGACGAUGAAGGAAGAUAUAGUCCCUUAUGUACAUAGCUUUUUUUUUCUUGAGAAUUCAUCCUGAGUUAUCUUUUAUUUAGAUAAAAAUAAAGAGGCAAGGGUCUACUGUCAUUUGUAUACAAUUCCUGUUACUUUGAAAAAAAUAAAAAUGUUAACAGGAAUACAGUGUGCUCAUUCUCCCUAACUAGCAUAUCCCACUGUAUGCCAAGUUGUUCUCUUGUUCUGCCUUUUAAAAUGUUCAUGUAGAAAAAUUACAUUAAGGAUCUAUAGAAAUAGUUCUAGGAGGAACAAAUGUACAUUCUGUCAAGUCAGACAGAUAAGUAAUUUUUUUAUUGUUUUAGGAGUCUUAACUUUUUACACAACAGUUACACUUCACAUUUCACUAAUUUUGAUAUUUGGCUCAUGAUUUAUCAACAGUGUCUGAAAUACACAUUUAAGUGUAUGGAAAUUAAGAUAGCUAAGCAGCUGUUUGGCGAGCAUCUCAUCUUGCAUACUGAUCAUCUGGAGCAAGAAAGGGAGAUUUCACAAUUAUAUUUCUUGAUGGUAACUUUUUAGUUAAAUGUACCUGUAAAAGUUUCUUUGUAAAUACUGUGUGUUCUGGUGUGUCUUUAAGAUUCCAAACAAAAUAAUAACUGCAUUUCCUGAAGGUAUUUAAUAAGUUUGUGAAGCAAGGCACUCAAGCAACAAGUGGGAAAUGCAGAAAUAGGUUUUGUCUGGUUUCAUAUAUAUAUAUAUAAUCUUUGCUCUUUUUAAGCUCUGUGAGCUCUGAAAUAUAUUUUUGGGUUAAUUCAGUGUGUUUGACAAGACAGCUUGAUAUUUCUAUCAAAUGACUUUCAUAUUGCAACAAUCUUUGUAAGAACCACUCAAAUAAAAUUCUCUUAAAAAGGCCAUAAGAAA